GGAUCCUGGAAGAGAAUCGCUAAACACAGAGCAGACCCAGUGAGUGAGCAGAUGUUUUGGACAAUAGACUGGUUGAGCCCAUCUCUAUUAUAAAAAUGUCUCAGAGCAACCGGGAGCUGGUGGUUGACUUUCUCUCCUACAAGCUCUCCCAGAAAGGAUACAGCUGGAGUCAGUUUAGCGAUGUCGAAGAGAACAGGACUGAAGCCCCAGAAGAAACUGAACCAGAAAGGGAGACCCCCAGUGCCAUCAAUGACAACCCAUCCUGGCACCUGGCGGAUAGCCCCGCGGUGAAUGGAGCCACUGGCCACAACAGCAGUUUAUAUGCGCGGGAGGUAAUCCCCAUGGCAGCAGUGAAGCAAGCGCUGAGAGAGGCUGGCGAUGAGUUUGAACUGCGGUACCGGAGAGCAUUCAGUGAUCUAACAUCCCAGCUUCAUAUAACCCCAGGGACAGCAUAUCAGAGCUUUGAACAGGUAGUGAAUGAACUCUUUCGGGAUGGGAUAAACUGGGGUCGCAUUGUGGCCUUCUUCUCCUUUGGCGGGGCACUGUGUAUAGAAAGCGUAGACAAGGAGAUACAGGUAUUGGUGAGUCGGAUUACAAGUUGGAUGGCCACCUACCUGAAUGACCACCUAGAGCCUUGGAUCCAGGAGAACGGCGGCUGGGACACUUUUGUGGAUCUCUACGGGAACUAUGCAGCAGCCGAGAGCCAAAAAGGCCAGGAGCGUUUCAACCGCUGGUUCCUGACGGGCAUGACUGUGGCUGGUGUGGUUCUGCUGGGCUCACUCUUCAGUCGGAAGUGA